AUGAGCAAGGUGAGCAAGCUGCUGAUCGCCUCAGUCCUAGUGAUCGCCGUUGGCGUCUGCGUGUCAGCCGUCUUCGACAGCGACUCCAAGGUUGGCGGCGGCACCAGCCUCUCCCACACCGUCAUCGGCGUGACCCUGAUGGUCCUGGCCAGCACCUUCGAGGCUGCCAAGACCGUCAUCAGCCAGGUCCUGAUGGACAAGAUGACGCUCUUCGACGGAAUCUACUACUCCAGCCCCACGUUCGUGCUACUCGCCGUGGUCUUCGUGGGUGGCAUGGAGGCCAAGCAGCUUUACCACUACCAGUUCAACGGCAUGGUUGUGGGGCUCCUCUUCGCCAACAUGUUGUCCACAGGCGCAAUCGUGCUCUCCAGCUUCUGGUUCGUGAAGCUGGCCGGGGCACUGACGCUGAAGGUCGUGACACAGGACACCGCGAGGUCCAUCGGCCUCAUCCUGUGUUCGGUUUUCUUCUUCGGGGAGUUCUGCACCGGCAUGCAGUACACAGGCUACACGCUCACCCUCGUGGGCAUGGGCAUGUUCGAUUACGCGAAGCAGGAGUUGGCACGAUUGAAGGAGCUGAAGGCGUUAAAGGAGAGCAAUCUGGGGAGAAGUGCGGCGGCUCGGCUGGCGACGGCGCCUCGGGAGGCAAGCCCGAGGCCGAGGCGAGCCGGGGCGAGCGCCGCUGCUGAGAAGGAGCGCCCGCCGAGAGGCGCACGUCACUAUCUUGCGCCCUGCCUUGAGUGCUCCGCGGAGGCUCCCAGAGCCCAGCGGUGGUUUCGGUCGGUGCGGCUUGUCGGAUGCCGCGCCGAGUCGGCCGCCUCGGCGUCGUGUAAGGGGCAACGUCAGGUCUGGGAGCGUUGCCCCUCACUCGCCGCUUACUGCGUGAGGUCGGACCUAGCGGCGCCACCUGUUGCCCGGAGAGCGCCUGCCCUCCAAGUGGGGCGCGCAGAGGGCCACAGUGCGCCUCGGCCGCCGCCUUGGGUGGCUUCGUUCGAGGAGGAGAUUCGAUCCUGGGCUCGGUGGUCUUUCCGAUUGGGCAAGGGGUCAGAUCUCGGAAUUCAUGGUGGCACGGCACUAGCACGGUCUCAGAAGCACUGUUGA